GUUCCAACCACUGAGUUGCUGCUAAUUGUGAAAUUGUCUCACUUGAAGACAAACAGGGUAGCGGGAGCAUUCAGCAAGCAAGAAUAUGACGACGAAAAGACAAGGCUAUCCCUCCUUCCCUUCCAUAUCUCCUCUGGCUGAUGAGCCUUUCAAGACCUUUUUUCGAUUCCACCGCUUCGAAGUUGAAAUCCCAAGAUUUAUGGGAUAAGGCCAAUUAAAUAAGGCCUCAAAUCUCUUGGCUUCUUCACAAAUAUCCACAAAGCUCCUCCUCCUCCCUCUCCUCUUCUUCUUCUUCUUCUUCUUCUUCCUCGAAUCAACAACUGCUGGUUUACAGGCUUGCGUUUGGUUUGAUACUCGGAUACUCCCAUAAUGCACAAUGUUACUGAAGAUGAUGAUGAUUCAGUCACCAAACCCCUUGGAAGGUGUUCCGUCAUGUAUUAUGGCGUGGGCCAUAUGCUCAACGAUAUUACUGCUUCCUGUUGGUUUACAUAUCUCUUGUUGUUCUUGACAGAUAUUGGGCUAUCUCCCAGGGAUGCUGCCACCGUAAUGCUAUCUGGUCAAAUUGCUGAUGGAUUUGCAACCAUAUCUGCUGGCGAACUGAUAGACAGAUUUGGACAUUUCAAAUUGUGGCAUGGUGCAGGCUCUGUGUUGGUUUCUGUUUCGUUUUCUUCCGUGUUUGGCAGUUGCAUACCGUGUAAAAUUUUUGGUACCUCCUCAGCAGCAUUAAGAACAGUUGGUUACAGUAUUUUUGCUGCUAUUUUCAAUGUGGGUUGGGCAGCUACCCAGGUCUCACACAUGUCUAUGCUAAAUUGCAUUACGUUGAAUUCAACAAGCAGAGUGGUGCUCGCUAGCUGUCGAAAUGCUUUUACUAUGGUUGCAAACCUCAGCUUGUAUGCGGUUGCGUUUAUAAUAUUUGGUGUCACGAUAGCCAGAACACAUGCCGAUAUUGAAAAUCAGUACCGCUGGAUUGCAUAUCUGUCAAUCUUCAUAGGCUGCUGCUUUGUUGGUAUCUUUCAACUCGGCACCAAAGAGCCAAGAUUAAAGGUAGGUGUGCAAGGAAGUAAUUCUUCAAGGAUUGCAUGGAUGUACUGGUUUAAGAGAGUGCUCUAUUAUCAGGUUGCUCUUGUUUAUGUGCUUACCAGACUAGUGGUUAAUGUUUCACAGGCAUAUCUUGCAUUCUAUGUCAUAGAUGAUCUGCGGAUGGCACAAUCUGCUAAAGCUCUGGUUCCUGCGAUCAUCUACAUAAGUAGCUUCCUCGUAUCUGUGAUAUUGCAGGAGAUACAAUGGACUGGCCGAUUCUUGAAGGCCUACUACUCAGCUGGAGCUAUUAUUUGGAUAUUUUGUGGCGCAGGGAUCCUGCUUUUGCCUAGGAGCAUGAGUGCUUUCAUGUACAUUAUAUCUAUAUUUAUUGGCAUAGCAAAUGCUUUAAUGAUGGUGACCGGAGUAAGCAUGCAGAGUGUUCUAAUUGAUACAGAUCUCAAUGGCUGUGCAUUUGUUUGUGGAUCGUUCAGCUUCUUGGACAAAAUGUCAUGUGGGCUUGCUUUAUUCAUUCUUCAGUCGUAUCAAACUGAUACAGUCAUUCAAAAUAGCCAUUCUGCUAAUCAUGUACACAUAUCAGUUACGAGAUUCGGGUUGGGUCUUGUUCCGGCAGUUUGUGCACUUCUAUCUGUGGCAGUUACAUACACGAUGAAACUCCAACCUGCUCGCUGCAAGCCUCUAAUGGAGCCUCUAUUGAUAUAGAUGAUGCUGAUCCAGUUUGAUGCAAGGGAGUGUUGGAAAUCGUUAAGCUAUUCAAUUACUGGUAUAGAUCAUGCUUGAGAAAAAAACAUAUAUGACAUCUGAUAGUGAUCUUACUAAAAGAUUUGUAAGCAUUGCUCACCAAAGCGAUGAAAUUCUUUGAUCUUUUGCUCGCCCUACAAAAUUAUUUUGUGAAAAGAAACGUUGGCAUAACUGUA